AGAUGAACACGUCGGUGCGUGAACUCCUCACCUCGUCGGAGCCUGACUCCUCCUACUUCCUGCGUGUGGACUGGAGGGGGCGGGGCUUGGGUUCAGGCUUCCAGCUGCUGCUGACUGAUGGACGGGACGCCUGGAGAGGAGACGUGAGUGAAGCAGCAGUGUGUGCUGAGGCAGAGGAGCUGGAGAUGGAGACGGAGCGGUACGUCCAGGACCUCCAGCAGGCGCUGACUGAGACAGAAACCUCUUCGACAUACAGCUUCAGUCUGACGCCGUCUCCACCCGACCACCGCGCCGCCGUCACGCUGGCGUACGAGAAGGUUCAGAAGGACAUCUCUGAGUUCUGAUGGACAGAAGAAGGAGGAUUCAGUGAAAUCAGACCGAUCAGCGGGUCAGGAGGAGGACGAAUAUGGAGGAAGUACUGACGAAGAGGCAGAGGAAGAGCAGUCGACUCCAGCCUCUCUACCCACCCGAGAGUCCUCGACCGCGAGCCCACUGGACGACAGCCUGAGGGACAUCACGGACGUGGCCCCUUGCCGCAAGCGCCGCUUUCGUCACCUCGGGGCCCCCGACCCCACGGUCAAAAGGUCGACCCCACACAGCUCCCAGGCAAAGAGGACCGACCCCCCUGCAGGAUCCAAUAAGCCGCAGCGCUCUACAGAUGCUGCAGCAGCAAGUUCAACAGCAGAUGAGGACCUGUUUGAAGACUUCUGACCCCGUUAGAUAGAAAACACAGAUUUAUAUCGAUGAAGACGUUGUGUUUUUGUUCUAAUUUAAGAGUCAGAAACUGACAGAGAAAAAACAGCUUCAGUUCUCUUCAGGUUCUCCGGGUUUGUGUAACUCUACUGGAGGGAUUCAAAUCAUUCCUCUAAAAUAUGUUCUCUACUGUAGGUCUUCAACCAGCUAAAGGAGACAUACAAUCUCUGGAUUCUUGAGUAACGCUAGAAUCACAGAAAUAAACUCUAAAACCUUCUAAAUGAUCUAGAACCAUCCUAAGGACGGCUUGAGGUAACCCUAGCACAUCUUAAAAAGUAAAAAGCCCCAAACUACCCUAAAAUGGCUAUAAUCUCCUAAAAAACUGUAAGAUCCACCUAAAGAAACCCAGGACAUCCUAAAUGAUCAUUAAAACCACCUGAAACAACCGUAGAACCUCCCAGAGGAUGUCUAGAACCAACUAAAGGCACCAUAGAACAUCCUUAAUGAUCAUUACAACAAACUAAGAAUACUAAAGGACAUUAAAAACUUCCUGAAUCAGCUCCUAGAACAUCUGAAAGUAAACUAAAAAUCCUGAAGGAAUCCUAGAACCACCUAACUGACGAUCUGGUACCACAGUGAGGUUCUCCAGGUUCUCCUUUCAACCUGUCUGAGGUUCUACUGAAUCAUAACAUGCUUUAAACACUGAGAAGAACUGUUUGCUUUUUUUAAAUGUUCCUCUGAAAUUAAUUGUGAUUUUUACAGAUUUACAAAUGUGUCAUUUUUGAUAUUUGUACCAAUAAAAAGUGUAAAUGUGUUAUUUUGUCAAA